AGAGAAUGCACUUUACCCUACACGAGUCACAACUUGGACACGCGCCAGCCUUUCCCUCCCCGAGGUCACAACGAAUGAGCAAAACGCAGAGGCGUAAGAAGGGAUUUGUUGUUCAUGUCCUGUAGUCUCCCGUAGUUCAGCUCGGGGAGGUUAUAGGUGGUGGCCCGACAUAACGACAUAACAGGAGUCUCUGGUUACACGGUUACGUUAAGAUUUAACGUAGUUGCGUCUACUCUCACCACGGGAAAAAAAAUGUAGUAGCUCCUCGUGCUUUAGGCCUACAGUGAAAACCGGAGACCUCGAGAGCAAGUCUUUUUUUGGAACUCUCCGCGCCUGGGAAGAAAUCAAAACAACAAUGCAGAGUUGCACCAAUAUAUCAGAUACAGCCAAGGAGUUAUGUGACGCGGUGUCAGUAUCUUUAGGUUUGAGUUCGCAGUUAAACGAGAUAGUGGAUAAUGGACGGAGCGGCCCUGCCUUCUCUGCAGACUGCGGCCCAAAUCAUGGAAACCAUUUUUCAGUCUCCGAGGAGUCUUCUCCAGAGUUUGGUGCUGGCGCAAGUAUGACCUCAGAGUUAACCACCCAGAUGCAGAGGAAAACGAGAAUUAAAUCAAAUGAUCUCGGGCCAUCGUUCGAAGUACAUCAAGACAUUUGUGGACAAAAUUAUGUCGGUUUUUUACAGACCCUCGAGCGCGAAAGGGACAGCGCAUGGAAGGUGACGAGGCCUAUGCACGAGUUGGAAAUGGCCCGAGGUCUCCGUAAAAACUCGGACAUGUUCGUGAAUUUGGAUAACGCUAUUGCGCUCUCGGUGCCCUCUCAGUUUGACGAACUGUUACCUUCUCCAUUCCGUAAAGACGCCCCAACCCAGUUAUUUGAUAGGGAAUUUACAGAUCAAUCGACCGUCAAUGGCCUCAUCAAAAGCAGCCUGAACAAAACCGAACCAGGACACGAGGGACCCUGUCCGGUGGCGGGUGGAUCUUGGUUCUGUAAAUAUUUGGACAACGGAAAUUGCAUGUCUUGUGGAGCACGUAAAGCCUGUCCCCCUGGGGUUAACUAUCAGGACUAUGACCCUGGGAUGCCACAAGAGGGUCAUGUCCAGGAUCAAAGUUACCAAAGUGUGAUGCAUGAAAGCGGUCUUCAACAAGUGUAUCACUCCGCUAUCAAGAAGGAGAGUUCUGGAUGGAUGAGUGCUGACUCCGGGCUGAGAUGUGAGGAUAUGUUGCCAGUGUACUUCUCUGACCGGAGGGUGUGUAAGGUAUGUGGAGACGAGGCAUCAGGCUGUCACUAUGGAGCUGUUACCUGUGGGAGCUGCAAGGUGUUCUUCAAGAGGGCUGCAGAGGGUAAGCAGAAUCACCUGUGCGCCAGCCGUAACGACUGCACCAUCGACAAGCUGAGGAGGAAGAACUGUCCUUCCUGUCGUCUCAGCAGAUGCUUCCGGUCUGGAAUGAGCCUCAAAGGCCGCAAGCUGAGGGGAGCUGGCCCGCUGAAAGGAGGAGUGGAGGGGGGAACACAGGCACCCGGCAAAGAGAGGACUGGAGAGAGGGGAGGAGAGAGACCUGGAGAGAGGACUGGAGAGAGGACUGGAGAGAGGGGAGGAGAGAGGACUGGAGAGGGGACUGGGGGAUUACAGUUAUCCACCGUUUCCCCACAGGCUAAAUGCUGUGCUGCGUCGCAGGCUCUCGCUCUUGGUCCCUCCCCCAGUCUACGCCCCUCCCUCCUCAACAUUCUGAGUUCCAUUGAGCCAGGAAUGGUCAACGCAGGCCAUGACACCUCCCAGCCAGACUGUUUCGCCUCCCUACUGUCCAGCCUCAACGAGCUGGGAGAGAGACAACUGGUGUCUGUGGUGAACUGGGCUAAAGCCAUGCCAGGUUUCAGACAGCUGCAUGUAGAAGACCAGAUGUCAGUGAUCCAGUCUUCAUGGCUGGGGUUGAUGGUGUUCGCUCUGGGCUGGAGGUCUUACACUAACACAGAUGCUAGAGAGCUCUACUUCGCUCCUGACCUCAUCUUUAACGAUCAGAGGAUGCGUGUGUCCAGUAUGUACGAACACUGUGUCCAGUUCCGUCUGCUGUCCCAGAGGUUCUGUCUGCUCAGAGUCACCCAGGAAGAGUUCCUUUGUAUGAAGGCUCUGCUCCUCUUCAGCAUCAUCCCUGUGGAGGGUCUGAGGAAUCAGAAGUGUUUUGACGAGCUGAGGAUCUCUUACAUCAAGGAGCUUGUUUGUCUGGCCAGCCAACAUGGAGAAAAACACCAUACACAACGCCUGUUCCAGCUAACACAGCUACUGGACUUCCUACACCCGAUUGUGAGGAAGCUGCACCAGUUCACCUAUGAUCUGUUUAUCCAGGCCCAGUCUCUGCCCACCAGAGUCAGCUAUCCAGAGAUGAUCUCUGAGAUCGUCAGCGUUCACGUGCCCAAGAUACUCACAGGCAUAGUUCAGCCAAUCCUCUUUCACAAUGCACCUUGCUAGAGGGUCAUCCCAUCACAAUGCACCUUGCUAGAGGGUCAUCCCAUCACAAUGCACCUUGCUAGAGGGUCAUCCCAUCACAAUGCACCUUGCUAGAGGGUCAUCCUUUCACAAUGCACCUUGUUAGAGGGUCAUCCUAUCACAAUGCACCUUGUUAGAGGGUCAUCCUAUCACAAUGCACCUUGUUAGAGGGUCAUCCUAUCACAAUGCACCUUGUUAGAGGGUCAUCCUAUCACAAUGCACCUUGUUAGAGGGUCAUCCUAUCACAAUGCACCUUGUUAGAGGGUCAUCCUAUCACAAAACUUCCUGCUAGUGGUUCAACCCAGGGCAGGCCCUAGGCACAAGGUACUUUUUUUUUUUGGGCGGGGGGACUCAGUCGGGGUCUCAACUUAAUGUUGAGAGUUAAAGUAAAAUACACAAGGUGAAAUGUUUUAAUUUGUUAGUGAAUCAGCAGUUUCUGUUAGUGAAUCAGCAGUUUUUGUUAGUGAAUCAGCAGUUUUUGUUAGUGAAUCAGCAGUGUCAGUCUCUGAAUUAGCCCUUGUUAGCAAACAUUUAUUUAGAUUGGUAAGUUAGCCAGCUGUCUACGCCUUAUAGUAAUCAUGGCCAACUAAUGACCAGGCACGCAUGUACCCUGACCUCCAGGGGACCUCUAUUGAUGUUGUCAGUCACUCUCACUCAGAUAUCAUAAGUCAUGGCAAAAUGUGUAGAAUUGUAGGAAAUUUGCUUUAAAACUUGAUCAUUUCUCUCCACCCCCUGGCAGUAUUUGUAGAAUUGUUGGAAAUGUGCUUUAAAUCUGCAAGAUCUUCUGGCUGUCCCAUUUGAAGAAAAAUGUGUAGAAUUUGAUAAAAUGUGAUUUAAAACCACAACAUUUUCUGCCCCAUAGCUAAAUGCGAAUGUGAAUUUCAGGAAAUGUACUUUAAAACUUACAUUUGCUUUAUCUGUGCCGUCAAGAGGGGGCCCAAUAAAAUGUUUUACCCGCAUGGUGUGGGGCCCCAAAACGCUAGGGCCAGCCCUGGUUCAAUAUAUCACAAAAACCUUACUAGAGGACCAACCAUUGUCUGUACAUGAAUGGGCAAAGCCGUCAAUGAUGUCCCACCAUUAAUUCCUAUGUGAAGACUCAAUGUCGCAUUUGAAGGUUAGGAAGUCGGUUUUAGCUUGCUAAAGUGCCGUCUCAUUGGGGAUAUGUAUGUCGACAUAACAUGCACAGUUUGAGCUACUCCGGGAAGGGACGUUGCAGGCUAUAGGUCAGAGCUGCCUGCAACCGAAGGCCGACCAGGGUACUGCAGGCUACAAUAGCAACUCAAUUAUCCUUAUAACUUCUUUGUACAAUUGUAUUUUUUUUUAUAUAUAAUCAGUUCAAGGACAUACAUCUGUUCUAAUAUAAGCAAUUAUUGGUAACAUGGUUGUGUUUGAAUGCUAGUUUUUUUUAGUUUUUUCUCUAAUAUUGACAACGAAGAUUGCCAUUUUCCCAUUCACUAUUAUGGGAGAUCCUGCUUUCUGGAAACAACAGCCUUCAGUACCGCAGUCGGCCUUGAACUUCAUGGCUUCAAUGAGAGGGGUCAGUCGGUCUCCCCAGGGUUGAUUACAUUACAACCCCUGAUCUCAAGCUAGGGUUUGAUCCUGAAUGUACAUUUCAGACUGUUGGUUUUCUCUCUUUUCAGUUAACUGUUAUAUACUCUUUCAUAGUUUCAGUAAAUGUAGUAAUAUGUUUAACACUGUCAAAAUAAGUCAUAAUUCUUCUGAAUAACACAUCAUUCAUACUCUUCAGACAUUCAUAUAUAACACAAUAUCUGUAAAUAUGAAAUGCAUUAUACAUUGCAUAUUCUAUCAAAACAAAUCAUACUUCUUUAAAAUUCUAACAAAUGAAACUAUCUAUAACUAUCUAUAUUCCACAUCACUGGGUCUCUAUUUGGCAUCAUGUGAUUUGUAUCUUAAGUAUUCUAUAAGUCACAGGGAAACACAUACAGGUUGUAUCCAAAAUGACAUCCAACCCUUUUAGUGCACUACAUUUGAGUAGGACCCAUAGGGCUCUGGUCAAAACUAGUGCACUAUAUAGGGAAUGGGGUGCCAAUUUCUGACUCAAUUUUCCAUAAAAAAACAUAUAUUUCUCCCUCAGGUAAGGUGUUACCAUCUAUUGAAGUAUUGAGCUUCAUCAAUACUUUAUCCUAUCUGAGUUCAUAUGUCUACUUACCAAAUAAAUACCGUACCUCACUA